AUGGAUCUGAGCCCACCUGCAGACGGAGGCCCCUACAGCCACUGGGUGAAGGGCAGACGCCAGCGCAACAGGGUCACUCUUCCCUUUCUGAACGCCACGAUUCCUUCCAAAGGCCACCUUGCUCCCUCCGACUUCCGGCCGACAGAGGGUGGAGGCAAGAGGUUCCUGGAGGAGCUGAAGCUCGGGGGCAAGCUUGGAUUCCUCUCGGCCGGAAGCCACGGCCGUGCCUACCGGGCCAAGCAGGCGCCCGCAGCCUUCCACAAUCAGCUGUUUCGGUGCCUCAGCGCCUACGUGAUUGGGAACCCUAAAAUGGCGCCCUCCUCCGUGGUCAUCAAGGUCCAUCUGCUAGAUGACUAUGACGACAUUGAUGAAUGCCAGAGGGAGUGCAAGUUGCAAUCAUGGUUGCAUAACCAGGAAACGACGUUCCGAGGCUCCAAGGUUUGUGGCAGUGACGUGGUGCCGCCCAUCUUCUACGCAGGCCUUCUGGAGGGCCAUGACAGGAUGGGGAUGGCAUUCAUUACGGUGAUGGGAGAGGCUCCAGGGCAGCCAAUCGACAAGUUCCGCGAGGCAACCAUGGGCCACGAGUUGGACAUCCUCAAGGCCUUCGUCGUGAACGGAGAGAGCUACGAAGUGGAUAUCAUUUGGGAGGGCACAAGACCCCUGUUCAAGGCCAAUGACAUCGGAGUUAUCCUGAGAGGUCCGCACUUCGUAGGUGGCACGGUUUCCUUUUUCUGA